AUGGAAAACCAUACUUCCGUGACUGAAUUUAUUCUUCUUGGUUUCCCCAGCCUUCAAAGUGUUCAUGUUUUGCUCUUUGUGGGAGUCUUGGUUAUCUACAUUUUGACUGUCACUGGGAGUGUCAUCAUCAUUGCCACGUGGUGAAUGACAACUCUCCACAAACCCAUGUAUUUCUUCUUUGGAAAUCUGCCAUUUUGGGGAAUCAUCUAUGUCUCGGCCACUCUACCCAAGCUUUUGGCCAGUCUUCUGGAUGUCAAGAAGUCUAUCAGCACAGCUGGGUGUAAAGCCCAAGCCUUGUCCCACUUUUUCAUUGGUGCUACUGAGUUUUUCCUCCUCACAGCCAUGUCUUUUGACUAAUACAUAGCAAUAUGCAACCCUCUCCACUACAUCACCAUCAUGAGUGGAAACUGUGGUCAGCUCUCAUUUAGAUCUUGGAUGGGUAGCUUUCUGAUUGUCUUUGUGCAAACUGUUCUGGAGUUCACGCUGCCAUUCUGUGGCCCCAAUAUGAUCAAUAACUUCUACUGUGAUGUUGGGACACUGCUGAAUCUGGCUUCCACUGAGACCCACCAUAUUGAAUGGCUUAUUUUCACUGUUGCUACCAUGGUUCUGUUUAGCAUUUGCUUUUUGACUGUCAUCUCCUACUUCACCAUCAUUUUUACCAUGUUGAGGAUCCUACCUCCUUCUGGGAGACAGAACACUUUCUCUACCUGCAUUGCUUACCUGACUGUAGUCUUCAUGCUUUAUGGGGCAGUUGUAUUCAUUUAUGUCAGGCCAAGAGGGCAUGCCUCGCUAAAUAUGAACAAAGUGGUAUCCCUUCUGAACACCCUUGUAACGCCACUGCUAAACCCUUUCAUUUAUACUUUGAGAAACAAAGAAGUGAAGACCUCUUUGGGAAGUACAUAUCAAUAA